GCCAUUUGCUGGAAUAGACCUGUCAUUACGUUGUGUAGCUGAGUCUAUAAUCUAUAUGCCAUGUAGAUUGUAGCAGUCAACACGCUAUUAUCUUUAAUCCUGUUUAAAUACUUGCUUAUUUCGGAACUAAAAUGGCGAGUCUCUGCAUUUGUGGUAAUCCUUUUGCAAACAGUGGUACUGUCAUAAGAGGCUCCAUCAGUCAAGCCUUGCUCGUGGCCAUCAUCGUAUCCUGCUCCGUAAUCCUCUUUCCUCCUGGAGGGAUCACUUAUGGUUUCAACUUCGUCGAUCCUUAUCUGUAUUCUUACAUUGUGUCUAUAGAUAAGGAUCACUCUACAGAUAAAUCACGCCUGUCAUGGGUGUAUGCAGCUCAAAUUACCGGACAAGGUAUUGCAAUGAUUACAGGAGGACUUUUGGUGCGGAAGUUUUCCACUAGCAACGUUACAAUUUGUGCUGUUGCUUUAUUUAACUUGAACAUCUUUGUCAUGUAUUAUUCGUGUACAUCGGUAACGUCGCUCAUGGCCAGCUAUUUCAUGGUAGGGUUCACUUUAGGACUGAUAAAUGUCAUGAGUUUGGUUGUAGGCUUGUCAUGGAUUGAAAAACAAUAUCAUGGUCUGUUCUCUGGAAUUCUUAGUCUGGGCUACGGACUAUCUAGCAUUUUUAUCAGCCCUCUGGAGUCACUCUAUGUCAACCCAAACAAUUUGGACCCCAUCAAGAACCCUAUCGAUGGCGAGUUAAUCUUCAACCAAUCUUUCAUACUGAACAAAGUUCCAAACAUGUUUUUAAUGUUUGGUAUACUGUCAACAUUGCUUCAGUUUCCUUUAAGCUUUCUCCUUGUCAGAAACCCAGACACGAGAAAAAGUGAUGGUGCCUCCAUAAACGGAGCAACUGUUAAAGACAUGUUCCGCAAGCCUGGAUUUUAUCUACUGUUUCUGAUUUUCGCACUGAAUAAAGUGCCUUUAGCGUACAUACACUCCUAUGCUAAGGAUUAUGGGAAAACCUUUUUGCACGACGACAAAAUACUGCUCUCUGUAGUAAUAGCACUAUCAGGAAUAUUCAAUGCACUGGGACGUCUUUUCUGGGGACACAUUCACGACAGAUUUGGAGUCAAGGUAUCCUUGUUCAUGCUCUGCCUUGCUACGGGUGUCAGCAUUUUGCUGUCAUAUCUUAGCAAGUUUCUGACGGGACAAACAACGUGUGCAAUUCUAUACACCAUUGCUGUUUGGGCUUCAUACUUCUGUUGCACAGGUAACUAUGGCAUUAUGCCAGCCGCUACCAUCCAAUUCUUUGGCGAGCAAGAUUUCGGAGUGAAAUACGGUAUGCUAUACCUCAGUCAGGCACUUGGUGCUGUUAUAUCUGCCCUGUACACCUCCUUCAUUCCCUUCUGGAUGCCACUUGUCUUGACUAUUGUCUUCACAUCUGUAAUCUCGGGACUUCUUUCUCUGAUGUUGAGAAAGACAGAGACACUGGACGAUCAGGCAAGGGCACUGUUAGAUGAUAAUAGCCCUAACAGAUUGUUUCCUAUCAGAGACUCCUAUCUCAAUAGAAAAGAUAGAGAAACUCUAGAAUUUAUAGGACUACAAGAUGAAAAUGAGUAGUAUGCAAAAAUUAUGAGAUGAGGAAAUUCAGCUCUGGUGGAAAAAUAUUCAAAGUCAGAUUUUUGGUUUGUGUAGCUAGAUUGACAGGACUGUAAUUGUUAUGUUUAACAUUCUUUAUUAAGAUUUG